UUGAUUCCAGGUCCAGCCGUAGUCAGUCCCUCAAUACAUAAUAUACGACCGGGUCAAACCUAUGUCACCGUACAAACCCUUACCAAAGAAAAUCUUGUGAUUGUCGUCAAUCAAAAGACCAAGGUUCAUGAUGUAUUGUGGAAAUGUGGUGAGAUACUGGAGAUCACCGAAGACAAACUGUUUGGACUUGCAUUGCGUCAACCGACGGAGGGAAUAGGAGGAGAUCAACCACGGCACGAGUAUUUUUUUCUCGAUCCGGCGCAGAAGAUCGUCAAAUAUGCGCCGAAGCAGCCUCGGUUCUCGAACUGGAUACUUCAAUUCUUUCUCCGAAUCAUUCUAUUCCUUCUUUACUUACUUAUCUACACGAUGACCUAUUUGUUGAUUUAUUAG